CAUGCAAUAAAUAGUUAAGUGGGUAGGUCCGAAAUCUCAACUCAUUAAAAUACUAAAUAAAUAUAUAUAAACAAAAGCAUGCCAAUUGCCAAAUGAGUUGUUGAGUACUCAUAAUAUAAUAACACGAGUCUAUAAAUACGUACCUUGCAUGUUAGAUAAACUUAUCACAACCCCAAAUUACAUACAUAACUUCUCUUUAAUUAGCUAGCUUUAUUAUACCAUUCAAAUCAAAAAUGGCUCCAACACUAGCAAAUAUUACAAGCACAACUGAGCCUUCAAAGGUGACUGAAUUUGUGAUCCACAAGGGUUUUGGAGUAAAGGGUCUUUCAGAAGCUGGCCUCAGGAGUCUCCCCAAGCAAUACAUUCAGCCAAUCCAAGAAAGGGUUUUCAAUCAUGACCAAACUUCUUCCACAUUGGCUGGAAAAUCAAUCCCAAUCAUCGAUAUGUCCAAGUGGGACGACCCGAAAACUGGGAAUUCGAUAUGUGAUGCUGCGGAGAAGUGGGGUUUUUUCCAAAUUAUGAACCAUGGGAUUCCGAUCGAGGUUAUCGAGAGAGUUGAGAAGGCGACUCAUCGGUUCUUUGAGUUGCCAGCUGAGGAGAAGAACAAGUUUUCGAAAGAGAAUUCUGGUUCGAAUAGUGUAAGGUAUGGCACCAGCUUCACUCCUUUGGCUGAGAAAGCUCUUGAGUGGAAGGAUUAUCUUAGUCUCUUUUAUGUUUCUGAUCUUGAAGCCUCCCAACUGUGGCCCUCUGCAUGCAGGGAUGAACUGCUUGAGUACAUGAAGAAGACUGAAACAGUGAUAAAAAAACUAUUAGAAGUGCUGAUGAAAAGGCUAAAUGUGACAAAAAUAGACAAGGAGAAAGAGAGUGCUUUAAUGGGAUCAAAGAGAAUCAAUCUCAAUUACUACCCAAUUUGUCCAAACCCCGAUUUAACGGUCGGGGUUGGUCGACACUCUGACGUGUCAACUCUCACAAUCCUUCUCCAAGACGAGAUUGGAGGGCUUUAUGUAAAAGUUGAAGAAGAAGAAGAAGAAACCAAUAAUAAUAAUUGGGUUCAUGUGCCACCAAUGAAGGGGUCACUAGUGAUAAACAUUGGUGAUGCUUUACAAAUAAUGAGCAAUGGAAGGUACAAAAGUGUGGAGCAUAGAGUUGUGGCUAAUGGAAAAAGUGAUAGGAUUUCAGUGCCUAUAUUUGUCAAUCCAAGGCCAUCUGAUCUUAUAGCACCAUUUCCUCAAGUACUUGCUAACGGUGAAAAGGCUUUGUAUAAGCAAGUUCUCUACUCUGAUUAUGUUAAGCACUUCUUCAGGAAAGCUCAUGAUGGAAAACAGACCGUUGAUUUUGCCAAAAUAUGAUCUUUAAUUAAUUAAGUAAUAAUUGUGCUUAUUUACUAAAAUAUGUAUGGUAAUUUGAGUACCAAUAAACCUCUUUCAUAUAUAAUAAGUGAAUUGGGUGUCCAAAACUAGUAUAUGUUCGGUACCCUUAUAUAGGGCCUUUUAUAUCUAAUAUAUGUAUGAUCAUAUAUGUAUAAUUUGAGUAUACGUACGAGGAAUGAGAAGUUUGUGGCAUGACUUAUUCUCUUUAUUCUACCAUUAUACCAUAUAUAAUUUAUU